AUGGCUCGAGUACUUGUCGGAGUUAAGAGAGUAAUCGACUAUGCAGUAAAAAUAAGGGUUAAACCAGACAAAAGUGGAGUUGUAACUGAUGGAGUGAAACAUUCAAUGAACCCAUUUGACGAAAUUGCUGUAGAAGAAGCCGUGAGGCUAAAAGAAAAAAAGAUAGCUAAGGAGGUUAUCGCCGUGUCUUGCGGCCCUGCUCAGGCUCAGGAAACAUUGAGAACAGCCUUAGCUAUGGGUGCUGACCGUGCAAUUCAUGUUGAAGUUUCUGGCCCUGAAUAUGAAACAAUGCAGCCACUACAUGUUGCUAAAAUACUAGCUAAACUCUCACAAGAUGAAAAAGUUGAUUUAGUUAUAGUGGGAAAACAGGCAAUUGAUGAUGAUUCAAAUCAAACAGCACAAAUAACUGCAGCAUUAUUAGAUUGGCCCCAGGCUACAUUUGCAUCUAAGGUAGAGAAAACAGAUGCUGGAUUGACAGUAACUCGGGAAAUUGAUGGUGGUCUGGAGGUAAUCAAGACCAAAAUACCAGCUGUAAUUAGUGCUGACCUCAGAUUAAAUGAGCCAAGAUAUGCAACACUACCCAAUAUUAUGAAAGCCAAAAAGAAACCUAUGAAAAAAGUGGCAGCAAAAGACCUUGGAGUAGAUUUGGCACCCAGAAUCAAAAUUAUUUCCGUUGAAGAUCCACCUGUAAGGCAAGCUGGAGCUGUUGUGCCAGAUGUUGACACACUUGUCUCGAAACUUAAAGAAGGAGGGCAUAUUUGA